AGGUAAUAAUUUAAUGGUGUAAUAAAAUAAAGUAAUUAGUACAUGUCUUGGACUCUUGAAUCCUGACGUCAUAUACAGAAUAUUUUAGGAGAACUUUCUGGAUCAUGUCGUAUAAUGUAAUUUUAAGAAGAGCGAAAAAUGUCUAUUGUAAAUUAAAAGCCCUUAUAAUCAUAGUUCAGAGAAUGGGCCAAACAUCAUCAAAAUCACCAGCGGACGCGGACGCAAAUGAUCCGUUUGCUGAUUGCAACAGAGAUAUAUCAGAUGGAAUCAAAUUAAAAAUAAAAAGUAUUGACAAAGGGAAGAAGUUUAAACCGCUUGUCAAGGAAAAUACUCCAUCACUGAAAGCUGGUGAAUUGAAAGAUGAGAUUGAGAGGGCAGGAGAAAUUUCUAAAGCUUCAUAUGCUCCCAGCCCUACUUGUAUAGAUUACUCAAUAUUUCCUCCUGGUGAUAGCAGUUACUGGGGAGGCAAUGAAACAAUUCUUAAUUUCAAGGGCUCCAUUUAUGAACAAAUAAAUGAUUUAGAGGCAUGUCUCGGUAGUUUAUACGGGAUGUUGAUAGGGGACUCCUGGGGGCAUUGCCUGGAAUUUGUUCCAGUUCAAUACGAAAAAACAAUCAUUCGAGCAUUCGACGAAACCAACUUUAAAGCACCCGGAGUGUUGAACAGAUUUGGACUAAAAGCUGGACAGUAUACAGACGAUGCAAGCAUGGGACUUUGUCUUGCUGACAACUUACUAACUCAUGGCCAUGUUGAUUGUCUUGACCUGAGGAAGCGCUUUGUCAUGUGGUGGUAUUUGGGCUACAACAACGCAUUUAGACAUGAUACAGGGAAUAGAGGGAAUCCAACACGGACAGGUAGAUCAGUGGGACUGGGUGGUCAGAUUUCAUAUUCACUAAAGACGUUUAUAGACAAUCCGAAGCAGCUUUAUCCAUAUGGAGACGAAGACAUGAGUGGUAAUGGCUCGAUAAUGAGACUGUGUCCACUGCCUAUAUUUCAUCGUGACAGUGACACUGAAUAUUUGGUAUCAGAGGCAAUGAAGCAGAGUUUUACAACUCACAGUGGUGUUCAGUCUGCAGAGUGUGCUGCUCUUUUGAGUUUUAUUAUUGUUGCGGCUAUUAAAUUUGAUAAACAGAGUGGCAAGGAGUUUCUUGACACGCUUGAUAUGGAACCAGUUAUGCAGUAUUUGAUAACAGAUGCAGUUAAAUGUAUUGCUAAUAGCAAACAACAUGAGGGUUGGACAGAAGAUAAGUUUAACAAAGUACCAGAAGAUCAGUAUUGGAACUGGAAGGAUGAGAACUACAAAUACUCGCCCACCAGAUCAGCAGUGAAUCCUGGCUAUGUCGGGGGUUAUGCGUGUGAUAAUAUCUCCAUGGCUCUACACUGUGUGUACAACUCAGAUUCGUUUGAGUCAGCUGUUCUCCGCUGUAUCAAUAGAUGCGGUGACGCAGACACAGUUGGAUCAGUAACCGGCCAAAUAGCAGGUGCCGUUUAUGGACUCAAUUCCAUUCCGAAAUCUGCUCUGGAAUGCGUUAUGAAAUGGGAUCCAGAAGCGGAGAUUCCUCAUCGUGUCAUGAAGAUGUUCCCGAGGCUACCGGACAACUGAACCCAAUUUGGACGAUUCAGUAGGGGCACUGUUUUGACACAUUGUUUUAGUUAUGUUCGGUUAGAAAUGGGAUUGAUUUCUGUGUGCUGCGAUCUUUGUUAACUGACUAAUAAUUGAUGGCGAUAAUUCAGUUUUAUUCCUUUUGUCAUGUUCAAAGUUUGUUUUUUGAUAUUUAGUGAUUGUUUGUGUUUUGAAAAUAGUCUUUUUAUUUGAUUUUAUUUAAUCUUGUAACCUUUAAAAAUACUUUUUAUUGAAUAUUCUUAUUUCGAGUUAACUGUAAUAUAAAGGUUCUAUAUAAUAAGAUAAUAUAAGGUUGCUCAUUUAUGUACAGUUUUCUUUCACAUUUUAUUUUCAGUCACUUCAAUGUAUGUAGUAUGACAUCUGGAUUAUAAAGAGUUGAUGUUUAUAUCUUGGAUCUUGUGUUGAUAUGGUGUUUUUCUGGAAUUAUUACUCAAUGAGAUCAUUCAUAAACAUAGCAGAAUAUGUCGUUUCCACUCAGGACAAAAAUCAUGAAUUAUUAUUAUAUAAUAAUGUAAUUCGUUUGGUUGGGUCAGUGGUCUAAAUCAAAUUAUAUGUAGUAAUGAGUACAACUUAAUGAUCAUAUAAUAUAC